GUCAAUAACGACGAAAAAAUAAUUAUCGAUAACUACUAAUCGACUACAUAGCAAUGAUACAUGAGUACCAACUUCGUCUUGACGGCGAAACCAACUACCGAGUCCAAAAGAAAAAAAAUUGACAAGUUUUAUAAAAUGGGUCUACUUGGUGGUCGUAAUAUAUCGCUGGCAUUAUGCCUGUGUCUGGCUGUAGUUUUUAUUUGCGGUGUUUCACAUGCCGAAUCGGAGAGUAAAAAAGAAAUUCCAGCAACAAAAUUUGGUCAAAGUCAAUCAGCAACAAUGACAGUUUUAUACUGUUAUAGCUGCGGUUAUCGCAAGGCAUUCGAGGACUAUGUCAAUAUCUUGGCCGACAAAUAUCCCCAAAUUACGGUGACCGGUGGCAAUUAUGAUCCACCCGGCAUGAAUAUGUACUUCUCCAAGUUGAUAUUUGCCGUCAAGAUCCUGCUGAUUGUUGUGAUUGUCUCGUCCUUUGACAUCUUUGGUUCUUUCGGCCAAGCAACACCUAGCUGGUGGCGUCAUUUGCUGGAGAAUAAGUUGUAUGCCUGUAUGAUGAUAUUCUUUGUGGGCAACAUGUUGGAGGGUCAGUUGGUGUCGUCGGGUGCCUUUGAAAUUUCCCUCAACGAUGUACCGGUCUGGUCAAAACUGCAAACUGGUCGCAUACCAGCACCCCAAGAACUAUUCCAAAUUAUCGACAAUCAACUGCAGUUCAGUGACAAAUUUCAAGAGAAUCCAGACUUUGUUAAAUAAUCAUUAGUACACUCCUUAGACUCGUUCAGCUCGUGACGUUGUGAAACAUACAUACAUAUAUAUUUUUUUAAGUUCAUAGAUAUGUAAUUCGUAUUUACCCACCACACAUGCACACCCAUGGAAUUUCUCCGGGAGUGUUCAUCUUAUUACUUUAGAUUCGAUUAUAUGUUUCAUAUAUGGGUCUCUGGCGUUCUGCGGGUUUUAUAUUUUAGUUUUUUUUUUCUUUUCUUGGUCCCCUAAUGACAUUGUUCCUGAGUUUUUAGUUUCCUUUCCAUUUUUUCCAUUGUUUUAAUUAAUUGUAAUUCAAUCAUAAAUAACUUUUUGUAAAUUAAUAGUUAACAAAAGUGUAAACGUAUAGAAAAUGAAGUCUGUUGUUGUGUGAACAGCGAAUAAAAAUCGUUUGACAUCACAA